GAUUGUAUAUUUGGUUAUCUGCAAAGUAAAUUUGUCCGUGACCUAAUUGGUGGAUUACUUAAUGGUUAGCCUCAACCCAUUUGAAUGUCUGUCACACCAACUAAGUAGCAUAUGGAGGAUCCUUGCUAUCUUUCCCAGCUUGACUUGAGUACUCCUCCUUUAAGUAUAAUUGAUGGCUAAUAUGUGUUUAUAUGUUUUUCUGGGAAUCACCCAGACAUCAUUUGUAGGUUCAUUUUCUGCUCAAAGUGUGAAGGUUAGGGUUGGAGUCAGCAGUAAUAGGAAGACCAGUUUAUUUCCUCGUGUAAAGUGUGCUAAAAAGGAUGGCUCUUUCGAUCCCUUAUCUGUUGAGCAACCCCCAUAUUACAGUUAUAUGGACUCCACAUCUGGGCAGAUGGAGCCAGCUUCUGGUGCUCGUGCAAGUAUUCCUGGGCAAGAGUACUGGCCUGAAGGUACAGCUAACCGUGUUAGGGCUGCCAGGGCUCCUGAACCUACUGGUAUGUCCAAAGGUUCACCAUCAUAUGGGAAAAAUCCUGGAAGCAGAAGGAAAAAGUAUAAAACAGGCAUAGGUGCUGUGGGAUCUUCAGAUGGCAUACAUACUGUGGGAUCUUCAGAAGGUGUAGGUAUGGUGGGAUCUUCGGAACUGAUUGUAGACACAAGGGGCCCAGAAGCUCUUGAAACUUCAGGUAAUGUUAUAGAGGGGCCUAAAGACCUCUCCACCAAUUAUGUUGUUUAUCAGACAGAACCCGAGGAAGUAAACUUCAGUGACUAUGAAUUGAAAAAGAAACUUGGAGAGCCUCAUGCAUUCAUUGAUCCAAAUGCAAAGAAACCAACUGAGGAGCCUCUGUCAAGUGAAGAACUAUGGUGGAACUGGAGGAAGCCUGACAAGGAACUAUGGUCAAGGUGGCAGAGGAGGCGCCCAGAUGUUGAAACGGUGUUUGUUAAAGCUAUGGCAGAGACUGGGCAAAUAAAGCUUUAUGGGGACCAUCCAACGUUAACCGAGACUUCUCUUUACCAGGCAAGACGUCACCUCUAUAAAGAAGAAAGACUACAAGCUGAACAAGAGAGAUUAGAAAGAAUAGGUCCCAUGGCAUACUAUUCAGAAUGGGUUAAAGCAUGGAAGAUGGACACUUCACGGGAGGCUGUGCAAAAACACUUUGAAGAGACUGGUGAAGACGAGAAUAUACAGCUUAUCAAAAUGUUCCAGCAUCAAACAGAUAGAGAGUAUCGUAUCAUGAUGGGCACUGAUGUCCGUAUUCGCCGAGAUCCUUUAGCAAUGCGAAUGAGAGAGGAUCAAAUAAAGGAAAUAUGGGGUGGAGAUCCAGUUUAUCCUACUGUGAAUUACAUUCAGGAUCCAAAUGAAGUGAUUGAUUUCAGGGGCCCAGAUUUCCAUGAGCCAACACCUAACAUGCUUUCUUAUCUUAUGGAGCAUGGAAAAAUCACACCAAGGGAGGAAAUCGAAAAAAAACUGGCCAAACAGAAGACUGAAGAACACGAGUUAACAGAUAUGGAUGAAGCUAUGGCACAAGCUGUGGACAUCGGUGAAAACGAUGAUGAAGUGGAGGACAGUGAUGUUGAGGGAGUGGAUGAAGUAGAUGAGAAGAUAACACGGAAUUGGAGUGUGCUUAAAAGUAAUCCUGAGCUCCGCAAAUCAAAGGGAAAAUGGUUUCUGUGGGGGGGGGGGGGAGUAAGGCCCAUGCACCCAGACACAUGGGGGCCGAAACGACUAUCCUGCCCUCAUGAAAGAGAAAAUGACACUUAUGUGGAUGCUUCCUUGAGCACUUGCGUUGGUCCUCACGCACGUGCAGGAGCCGUACUCCUCAAAAACAAAUGUGAAGGAUAAACCAAAGAAGGAAGAUCCCAUGAUUCUAAAGGAGGCUGUUGAGGACUCAGAGAACUUGACAGAUUUUCUUUUGGACUUUGAAGAAGAAGAAUAAAGAUUUAGCUCCACUUUGAAACCUAUUAUGGGAAGAUUUGGAAAACCCUACGAGUAGAAGAUAUGUCUGCUCGUGGAAUUUUUGUGAGCAGAGCCGGUCUAUUGAAGCUUGAGGGUAAAUAGAGCCAACGUGAAUGCUAGGAUUAGAAUAUCUUCUCUUCUGUUGAGACAUGAGCAGGUUAAGCUCUAUGGAACACCCCCCUCUUAUGUGGCUCCUGUGUGCCCCCAAGAUUGUCUAUGUAUUUUGACGGGGAUUAAUAGUGGUGACCUGUAUUUAGUGGUCCAAAGCGCUCUUCUUAUGCUAUUUGUGUACUAUCAACUAGUUCAGGAAGAAAGUCCAUCUAUGGGACGAUUGAGAUCAAUCUACUUCACAAUUUGUUCUA